AUGCCUCCGCCCCACCGCCGGCGCCCGCAGAGCCUCCUGCAGGUACCGCCAGGUGAGCCGAGCUGGACUCGGUCACACCUCGGGCCCCGCCUCACCUGCGGGAGCGGCCGUCGCGGUCCUUCAGGCGGCUCCCCCCCUCGGCGCGGUCCUCCGGGCGGGCGGCAGCGGGGGCCGGCGGUCCAUGGGCGGGGCGGCGGGCGGGGCUGGCUCCCGGCUCCGGCCCUGCCCCGGCCCGGCCGCCAAGGGAGGUCAGUGGGCACCGCCCGCCGAGCGCAUCUCGCCGGCUCCCACCCGAGCGCUCGCCGCGGUGCACGCUGGGAGCGGGGGCCGGGGCGGCGAGGCCUGUCCGCGCUGACCGGGAGGGCGGCCGAGGCGCCGGCGCGGCGGCGGGUCUGUGUCUGCGGGGAGGGGCGGGGGAGGCCGAUCGAUACUCACUUCCCGGGGAGGGGGCAACGUCCCCCUCCCGCAGCUGUGCUGGGUUGGGGAACGGACCGAGGGGAAGGGAGGGUCUGCCCGGUGGGACGCAGGCGCAAAGCUCAGAGCGCCUCGCGUCCCAGCAGAGCCAGCCGAGCAUCCUACUCAGGUGAUGAGGAACCCUCCCGGCACCCAGCGCAGAUCGCUGCUGCCGCUGGACGCCUCCAUUGUUUGACCAUAACAAGGGCCGGAUUCUCACCCAGGAUCCCGAGGCUUUUGUUGCCCUUCAGCCACUGUGGGCCCUGCCUCUGCCUCUUCUUCUGGAAUGUCUUGGGGGUUUUGACUUCUGUCACUGUGGAGUCAUUAAACCAAGUCACACGAAGAGCGAUUGUCCCAAGGACAGGAGGAAAGCAGCUCUCUUCCCUACGGAUCAUUAAAACCCAGAGCCCAGAUCCUUAGCCAUUGAGAACUUUUUUAGGCGCGAGGUCA